AUGGAGCCAUCCUCUGAUGAAGAGGAGGCGCGUACCUUCAUCCGGGUGCUCAGCGAGAAGUACAACCCUGAGAAUUUCCCCUACGGCCAAGGAGUGGUGGUCAUGCCCAGCCCACCUGGCUCCCCAGUCAAAGGUGAGAAAGGGUGUAAGGAUGUGAAAUCGGGGUAAAGAGUAGAAGUUAAUGAAUCAGUGAGCGCUGAGACUGCCUGUAAUUAGUUAUCAAGGCCUACAUAUUUACAAUGAUUGGUAUAUUUGCAGAUCGCCUGUUCCUGCCUAGCAUACUUGUACUAAACUACUGCGGGAUCAAUAAAGCCGGUGAUCGCUCAGACAUCGCAGCUUUCUGUGGUCAUGUGGUAGAGCUGGACCUGUCCCACAAUGAACUCAACGACUGGGCAGAGGUAGGUCCCAUAACAGGCACGGCUUGUAAACACACAGGAGGUUGUGAAAUUCACACGCUCAGACAUGCGCGCACAGCGUUGUUUCGCCCCGUACAUCCCCGUAUGCCCUCUCUCACACCUCUGUUACCACCUCUGACUUUGCCCUGCUAUUGUUAUUUUCUUUAUCCAUCCCUCUCUCUGUCUGCAUCUGCCUCCAACCAAUUCCAAUCCCAACAUGGCAGAUGGCUAUCUAAUAAGAGUCUGGUUCUGCUCAAGGUUUCUGCCUGCUGAGAGGGAGGUUUUCCCCUGUAACUUGCCUGACCUCUUUCUCUUUUAUGGUAUAGUUUAUCCUGAACCUGGAUAAGGAUGAAAUGCACAUUGAAAGAAGAAGAUGAUUUUUUUUUUUAAACUGAAACAGACUUUUAUUUAUUGCACAUUUGUAAUGUUCCAAAUUUGGUUUCAUUUUUGUUUUUGUAUGUUUUUUUCCUCCAGAUCUGCACCAUUGUUUCCAGCAUCCCCCACCUGGACUUCCUAAAUCUGAGCAUGAACCCUCUGAGCGGUAUGAGGCUGGAGCCCAGCAUGGCCUUUGUUUUCUCCAGAGUCCGGCAGCUAGUCCUCAACAACACACACGUCAGCUGGGACACAGUGCACACGGUCACACAACACACACCAGAGUAAGCGACGAAGUCUGUAAAUAUUGCCUUUGGAUGCACGGCUGAUGUAUCAUUGAACAAAUGAAACACGUAAAGGAUAAUUGCACAUAGUUGCGGAAGAAGUAACAGGCGGCUUUUAUUGCUUUCAAUAAUGGGACUUUUGUUUAUCUUUAAUAAAAAGCUAAAUUUUUGUCCAAAAACUGUUAAACAUAAAAGUCAUCCUUGGGUCAAACCCACUUACACCACCUCGCAACUUUCAAUACUCACCCAAGGACCAUAUUUGUGUAGAUCUGAACCAACAAUAAUCCCUUAUAAUUGAAAAAUCUACUGUUUAAAUACUGUUGUGUAAAAAUACUCUGGGUAGAUAAAUAAUCUAUAUUGUACUGUAUUACUCUCAUAUAAUGUACCCUUGUUCUGCCUCAAUUGUGUAGUAAUGUAGCAAUUUUGGGGCGGCAGUAGCUCAGGAGGUAGAGCGGUCGUCCAAUGACCGGAAGGUUGGCGGUUUGAUUCCCCCCUAAUCCAAGUCUGUCCGUUGUGUCCUUGGGCAAGACACUUAACCCACCUUGCUCCCAGUGUGUGUCCUCCACUGGUGUAUGAUUGUGAGUGUUGUGUGGUGGUGGUCGGAGAGGCCGUAGGCGCAGAAUGGCAGCCACGUUUCCACCACCACCAAAGUGUGACUGUGUGAGCGAAUGAAUGAUGUAUCCAAUGUAAAGCGCUUUGAGGGUCUCUGAUAAAGCGCUAUAUGAAAUCUGAUGCAUUAUUAUUAUUAUUAUGUAGUAAUGUAGUGUAGCAUGAUCCUUCAAUCGGACUGUAUUAUAAAAGCAACAUCACACUUAAUGUAGAGAGGAUGUUCUCAGUAUCAGCGGGACUGUUAUUCAGACGUGUUAUUCCUCUCUGUGACAACUGCUAAGCCUCGUAAGACUUUUCCUAAUCGUGCAGGUUAGAGGAGCUUUUCCUGUGCCUGAACGACUACAACAUGGUGUCCGAGUCCCAGAAAUCCUGUCCAUCACUACGCCUGCUGCAGAUCACAGACAACCAGCUGCAGGACUGGGCAGAAGUGAGGAAGUUCGGGAAAAUGUACCCCAGCCUAAGUACGCUCGUCCUGGCCAAUAACAGUUUAGACUCUGUGAACGACACUCAGGAAACGCUGCAACGGCUGUUCCCCAACCUGCGCUGCAUCAACCUCAACAACUCAGGUCUGAGCGUUGCAUUUAUCCUUGUCAUGUACCUGUACACUCUGUGGCUCUAAAUCUCUGUAAUAAUGUGUUUUUUUUAUUUUUUUAUUCAGGCCUCAGUAAAUGGGAGUACAUUGAAAGGCUAAAUUUCUUUCCCAAGCUGGAGGAAGUCAAAGCGAUGGGGAUUCCUUUACUGCAGCCGUACACCACCCAUGAGAGACGCUGCCUCCUUUUAGCACAGUGAGUCUAAUCACAACGCGCGGAUCAAAUCCUUCUUUCAGCCCUGAACGUGCACAGAAACACGCCGUCUAACUGACCUGACUGUUCACGCUACCAUCACAAUGCCUGAAUGACUUUAGAGCGAGGGUGGUUUAUAACUACAAUUACAAAAGAAGCCUUCACAGACAGUUUAACAACUCUGGAUCAUAUCAAAGAUCAGGAUUUGGAGAAUAAGCUUGUUCCCCUAUAUCCUCACAACACAAUUGGUACAACGCUGUGGAAUACAGUAUGAACUGAACUGUCAUCUGACCCUUCAGCCCACAGCACAAAAUUGUACUUAUUUGCUGCUUUUAUCUUAUUUGCAGCUGCUCUCUGUCUUGCUGCGCUUUUGUUUUUGUCGUACAUGCAGUUUUUGAUUUUUGCUGCAGCAUUUAUUUUCCUUAUUUGCAGCGUGUUUCCACUGUUUGUCGUGGACUUUUGUAUGUGUUCCUGCAGCUGUGUCGUUCCUGCAUUUAUGGCGUGUUCCAUUCAGGCCUGGGCAAAUUGUUUGUUCCUUGUCAGCCACCGUAAUUCGUUCAUCAGUGAAUUCCCGGACACAUUUGUGUCCUAAAGUAACCCCUCGACUGAAGUCUUUAUACAUACCUGCAGGUUGCCAUCUGUGGUAGUGUUGAACGGCGGUAAGGUGUCAGACGGAGAGAGGGAGGAUGCUGAGAGGUUUUUCAUCAGGUACUACCAGGACUGCCCAGGGCAGGAGCUUCCUGAGAGGUACUUACACCCACUCAUACACCUAUUUAUCAUCCUGGAUAUUUCCUCAUCGCCCAUGUUUAAUUUUAAGUACUGAUGAUGAGCGUACAAUGAUGAGAUCCACUUCUAAAUUUUGAUAUGUACAAAGCACUCAUUUCCAGAGCUUAUCGCAGUCUGAAAGGGGAAUUUGGACUUACAGUUUUUCCAUUUUUAUGACCAGUUAGUUCAAGUUAGUCAUGCUCUAACACACUGACCUGAACUCUGGCAUGAGAUCACCAUGAAUUAUUGCCACAGUUUGAAUAUAAUACAGAGAAAUCAGCUUAAUGCUAGCUUGUCAACCUUCAUGAAAAAUCUUUAAACUACCUUUGUGAAGCGCUAACUGGUCAAGAGCAUGGAGUGAAGACAUCAGUGUCUGCUAAGUGGUGCAAAUAUAUUCAUAAAAGAAUACUGGAAAUUCACAAACGGAGGAAAUCCUUUUACAGACUCUUGGGGUAACCUGUUGAUGCUUUAAAUCACAGAAUAAGCGGUGAUAUUAUCAGGUAUUUGUAUGGAAAAUAAAUAAAUCACUAGCACAGGCAUGGCGGUGAGCUUCAGCUCAGGGACUGGAUGAGCAGAGAUGACACAGGAAUACACCUCACAUCUAUGUGUCACACAAAGCAGCCAUGUCCUGGAAUUGUGCACAAAUUAACGUUCACCUUAACGUUAAAUAAUGUCACCCUCACUUGUUGGCACCAGGAUGAAUAAUCGGUCAAAGGUAUUAUGAAUAUAUAUUUUUUCUUAAGGCCCAGUCAUUAGUUGGGUCUGAGUCAUAGCCCAGCCACAAGUCCAGGCCAAAGCUGUGGUUAAUGUGUAACCGGCACAGAUACACAGAGGUUCAUCUGCACAAAGGACCAAAGGCUGGUGGUGCUAGCUCUGCUAAUGUUAGUCACACUCAACAAAGCUGUUAGACCCAGACUGUGACCCUGAUUUUAGCCAUGUCAGAUAUACUGUGCUCCUUUCAGCAUUUAUAUAAAAAUAACACCCUGCACUGCAGUCAUAAAUACAGACUCUUAAAAACCGCCAUGUGACAGGCUGUUAACAUAUUUAUUUAUGCUGUAUAAACUGGAUGAUUAAAUAUGGGGCCUAAUGGGGAUGUACUCACUUUUGCAGCUAAUCUCAAGUGGACGCGUUAGGAACUGCAGCCUUUGGCAUUUUGACAUUGACUUCACUUUUUAGCUGUGAGGUUUUCUGCUUCAUAACUCUAAAAUCUUAAAUACUACGGUAGCUCUGUGUUAGCAAGCGUUGGACAUUUCCAUGGCUUAGAAGAGUAAAAGACGACGGGCACGAUCAGAUUUCCAGGUUUAUUCACAUAACUCUGAGUUUCUGGUAAGGCUUGAAGGUUUGAACACCCGUGAAUUUUCGACAAAAGCAAUAACCUGCUAUUCCUGAAUCCAUGUCACAGAAUUUGAAAUAACGAUUUGGAAAUCCCUGCUCUGGCAGCUCACAGGGGUAAAAUAUUUGCCCACGCUCUUCACCGGCUGCGUUCCACUUAACCUCAACAGAAUGUUGGAGAAGGAUUUGUGAAGGAAGGUGUAGUCCCUGACUGGGGGAAACUAACCUUUGGGAGACAAUGCCACCAGUCUCUGCCUGCUCAAUGAGUCCUUUGUGCCGGGAAUUCUCUGAUUGGAAAACCGAUCCACAAGGUAGCAGGAUGAUUUUUUUUUUUUCCUUAUGUGUACACCUAGUCUGUCAACCUCAAACCUUAUGUUGAGAGAUUGAUUUGAUUUCUUAUGUCACAGCAGCCCAUGAGAGCAGAGCUGGUUAUGAGCCGUCUUUACGAAUAAUUGAAAACAAAGAUCAAACAUGGAUUUGCCGAGCCGUCUGUGCAUAUUUGAAAUCAUGUCCAUCCAUCACACUUUGCUGAAAACAUCCCGGGCCCAUCCUUUCUUCUUUUCUCUAUUUGAACUCUGCUUUCAUGGUUUUGGUUUGCAGCCAGGUUCUCAGUGUUGGUCAGGGGUUAGGGAUCACCAUGACUGCGUGUGGGUGUUAUGGGGGUGUCCGACACGCUGGAUAAGCAGUGAACACACCACUAUCCUCUUUCCUCUCGACUCGAGCUGUGGCCUUGCAACCCUGAGAGAUCACAGCGCUGCAGAGAGGGUCACAGCCUCUCAGGUGAACUAAUGUUAUUCAGCCCAGCUCUGGGUAACUAUAAACGCAUCCCUAACCAAAAAAUCAGACCGAGAUACCACGGUAAUCUCUUUAAAAAGAUAACUGAUAAUCUGGGAGUGGGAUUAAGGGUUUUGGGACAAAGAAACGGGUAUGUUGAGAGAGAAAUACGUCAGCUGGACAGGAAGGAUUAGAGGUAAGGAAACAGUCGAAAGAGGACAAGGUAAAGAGAAAUCUGAGAGUCAUCCUGUGGAGGCUGAAACAGAGGAUAUUCAGAGUCUGACUCACAGACAAUAUGGAAAUCAACCAGUGGAAAUUGUUAAAUAGUCUCAUUUUGGCUCUAAAUCCUGUUAUUUUGGAGGCGUUUACUGUCCCAAACUGAGGAAUGCUGGAAAAAAAACAAGUGGAAUGCUUACUCGCUAUCUCUGAUGGCAUUAUUUACCCCCAUUAAACCACGAUUACUCCACCUUAAAUGAAACCUUUUAGUGAAAUGACUUCUCUCAGAAUGGGACUUUGUGCACCGAGGCCUUAGAGGAGAAUUCCCAGGGUGGACCACAAGUUUUGGCCCGUACCCCUCGGCCAGGGGGAUUGGCUUUGUGGGGGAGUUCGAAGGGAGGGACGGGGAAAUUGCUUUGAUUGGCCCAGCUGUUACUGUAGCUUUGAAAGCCCGGGCCUUUUCUCCAGGAUUUUAUUUAAUCUUUCCUCCUUAUCUCGAACACGCACUCCCCCGAGGAGGCUGAGAGCUUUCUCACGGCAGAGCGAGAGGCAGAGAACUCUGUUUUCCUCCGACUCUUCAACACAAUCGACGGUAUAUUUCCAUGUUUUUAUGGAUGUUUUUGAUUGAACACCUGAGUGGGAAUGUGUGACAAGCUGGGUAAAACACACAACCUGAUUUGGACGAUGUGGCGAAGAGAUUAGAAAGGAAGUUGCAAUGGCUGGUUGGAAGCUAUUUGUUGAGGCCGUAAUAUAUGUUGCCCUGGGCCUCCUUCAUAGUUGGUGUUGGGGUUCAUUUUUGUCUUUCGGGUGUAAAAAUAUUGGACAUUAAUAUCAAAAUUGGGAGGAAUAUUUGUCAGGUUAAUAUCGCAGGAUGAGAUCCUUUGCUACUCUAAACAGCUUUUGCAAAAAGUCGCCAGGAGGUAAGACAGGAGGGACAUGAAACCUGCUCAGGUUUUGACGUAAAAGAUUUGAGAAUCUCUUUUAAAGAGCGUGACGACUGUAACACCAAAUACAAAUGAUCUGCUCUGUUCUUUGUUCCUUGGAUUUUUCUUUAGUCCCCACUACAAACGUUCUAGGUCAAAAUUAAAGCCAUAAUUUAUGAUUUAGUCAUUUGGAAUUCAGAGAUAAUCAUUGAUGCAUCGACGUGACUUUGUCGCAUGGCAACUGUAAAAGGAAGCUUCUGGAGAGCCGGUCAGUUGAAAGAAAGUGUUCUGGUAGGGAAGGGAACGGGGAAACUCAAAGAGAUCUGAGCUGAAAAGGACGUGUUUCAGACUGAAUGUGUGAGUAAAUAACCUCACCGAUGUUUCAUGUAAAUCCCAUAUCUCAAGGUCGGUAUUUUAUUGGAUGAUUUGGAAUUUGUUGACGCUUUACCCUUAAGAGAAAAAAAUGAACAUUGGUUGAUUUGUUGUCCAGUUCCUGGCCCAUUGGGAAAUUUAGUAUAGAGCUGUUAAAUUCCAGACUGAAAGGCUGCCUUGCUCACCCCUCCUGUUGGUGAGGCUCCAGAAGCAACAGUGGCCUCUGAAGACAGGAAGCUGUCAUGAUGUCUGACAUUUUCCCCUGGUCUUUGUCCUCUUCUUCAAAAGAGUAUAUCUGGGUGGCCACAAACUAAAUACAAAAUGCAUAUAUCAGUAUUUUGUCUGUUUUUUGUUACUAUUGAAUCGUAUGACCUUUGUGAAAGGGAGGCCUGCUCCUAUCUAGAUGUGAAAGGCUCAUUCUGAACACACUGAGCCAUUAAAGUCCCACUCCAAACUUUUUUUUUUUUUUACUACUUAAAGUGUUUUCAGUGGUCUUUCGAUUGUGGUUAUGAAGUUUUUAGCCAAAAUCGUGUUACCUGUGUCAUUUUCAAGGGCUUUUCUUCUGCAGAGCUCCAGUAGCUCAUUAGCAAUUCCCCUCUGAGUCGUGGGCGGAGACAACGCUGCUCCUCACUCUCCUCUUCAUGCUAGCUUGUAGCCUAGCAUGCUAAUAUAGUAGAAGUGGUAGGUAACAUAGGAGCUAUUUAGCUCUCAGACAGUAAUGUCUUUAGAGACAUGAUGAAAGUUAAUGUCAUUAUUAGCUUUCUUAUGAGCAUUGCAAUCCGCUAUCGCACACGUUUGUUCUGCGAUCGUCUUCUCUACUUUUGCGAGUGUGGCCUGCAUUAGCGGGGCUCCGGGGUAGAGAUUGGAUUUGCUACUUAGGAAAUCUCACUGAAUCUGAGCCUGCUGUUUGGGUCUGCCGGAGAUUCACAGCAAUUUGAAUGCAGAAAUACUCAGAAAUGCAAUUUUGCGCUUACUUUUCUUAUGAUAUGUCCUGAAGCAUCAGAAAAAUGCUAUAUGGACAUGUGAAAAAACAAGAAAAACAUGAUUUUCAUUGUAGUGGGUCUUUAAGCUCCACUCAUCCUACAUUCCUGGACCUCAUCACUCCUGUUUGCACUGUGACUAAAGGAAUAAUAUUACACAACAGAAAACCUCUCUUAGAUCUGACAUGAGCUCUGUUUUCUGGUAGGUACCACUCCCUUGUGUCCAAGUAUGGCCACCUGGCCCCGCUGGCAGAGGUGGACCUGAGCCCUCGCUGCACCAUGGUGGAUGUUCGCUUGGGAGACAGAGUCGAGGCCGUCAGCCUACGUCUGGAACAGACAGUCAGCGACCUGAAGAAACAACUCAAAGCUCUGCUGCAGCUGCCCAACAACGGGAUCCGGCUCUUCUACAUCAACCGGGAAAUGUGCUCAGUCCUGGGACCUGAAGAACUGAAGUGUGGCACCCGGGCCCUCCAUUCCUACAGAAUCCGAGACGGGGAUGAGAUCCUGGUAGUGCCCAAAGUAAAAAGCCGCUGCAGCUCCUCGGAUCUUUGA